AUUUUAUGCCAUUAAGGGCCUGUUCUCUUCGGCAUAAAACAGCUGAACUGAACUGAACUGAACUGAAUUGAACUGAACUGAACUGAACUGAAUUGAACUGAACUGAACUGAAUUGAACUGAACUGAAUUGAACUGAAUUGAACUGAAUUGAACUGAACUGAUCUGAACUGAACUGAACUGAACUGAACUGAAAUGAAUAGUGAUAUGUGAGAGUAAAAGUAUUGUCAAGAGCUGAACUGAACUGAACUGAACUGAACUGGUCUGAACUGAACUGAACUGAUCUGAACUGAACUGAAUUGAACUGAACUGAACUGAAUUGAAUUGAACUGAACUGAAUUGAACUGAACUGAACUGAACUGAAAAUAAGCUGGGGAGAACAGACCCUAACAACCUACAAACGUUGGUUUUUUUUUUUUUUUAAGAUUUUGAAAUUUUGAAGGGUGGUUCCUCCAAAAUAGGCCGAAACGGCUAAUAUUAGCUACAAACAUUUUCUCCGCACAUGGCCAAAUUUAACCCAUCCAAGAUCACAAGACACAAUAUCCACAAUUCCCACAAUUCCACUUCCUUCUCCACUCCACGCUGAAAUCACAUUUUAGUUGUUUUGUGGGUGAAGUGAAAAUGAUGGAUCUUCCAAUGGUGUUGAUCAUGGAUAUUCUGUCAAGGCUUCCUGUCAUAGUUCUUCUGCGCUUUCGUUGCGUAUCAAAAUCAUGGAAGUACUUAAUCGACGACAGUGAUUUAAUUAAUCUCCAUCUGCAACAUUCCCUGGCGAACACCACCAAUCAUGCCAUGGUCAUCAGAAGCAGCUAUCUUUAUUUGGUGAACUUCCCUGCACUUGAUGAGGCAGUUGUAAUGGACCAUCCUUUGAAGUAUGAUUCUCUUAGUACUCUUGUUGUGGGUUCUUGUAAUGGGUUGCUUUGUUUGUCAAAUGGGGAAGGUAGGGGUAAAGAAGGCACCAUUGUUUACAAUCCGGCAACUAAAAAACGCAGGGAAUUGCCUGUUUCGAAGAUCAAUUACCCUGAGUACUUCACAUGCCCUGAGCGUUUAGUAUACGGAUUUGGUUAUGAUCUGGCUAAUGAUGAUUAUAAAGUGGUUAGGAUUAUACAGUUUUAUAAUGACAUCCCUGAUUUCUAUGAUAGCGAAGUUAAGGUCUUUAGUUUGAAGACGAGUUCUUGGAGAAGGGUUCAGGACUUUCCUCCUGAAUAUUACCUUUCUUUCAAAAGACAAAGUGGUGUUUAUGUGAAUGGAUGUCUGCAUUGGAUGGUAAUCUUGAAGCCCGACUCAGAUAAGUCAAAAUUGAUCGUGGCAUUUGAUUUAACUUCUGAAGAUUGUAAGGUUGUGCCGCUGCCAAAUUAUUCAGCUGGUGAAGUUCACUUGACUAUUGAAGUCUUGGACCAACACUUAUGUUUAUUAAUCAAUUAUCCCACCAUUCGGAGUGAGGUGUGGGUCAUGAAGGAGUAUGGUGUGCAGGAAUCUUGGACGAAGUUGUUUGCAGUCAUGCAGGGAGAUACUAUUGGACCUUUUGAAUAUGUGAGGCCUAUUGCCUUCUCAAAGGAUGGGUCUAAGGUGCUUCUCGAACAAGAUCUUUCAAAGUUUAUUUGGUUUGAUGUGGAAACGCAGAGAGCAGAGAGAGUGAAUAUCUGCGGUAUGCCAUCACAUCCAGAAGCAGGAAUGCUGGUGGAAAGCCUGGUUCUUGGUAGUCGUAAGACACACCACAACAAGAAGAGUAAUGAGAGAAGGCGACUGGCCAGCGCCAAUAUUGCUGCCCUGCCAAAUUCGUCUACAACACACGUCGUUUCUGGAAGAACUCCUGAUUUUGACAAUGUUACUGGAAAUUUAAAAAAGAAUCAGGAAGCACUAGAUGGAAAUCAGAAUAUCAGAAAGAAGGGUAAGAGGGAUAAUUUGGAGGGCUUCCUGUCAAAGGGAUUCAAACUGAAGCUUUAAGGACGCUCAUUUGCUAAGAAAUCAUUAUUCUUGAGUCUUGACGCCGCAGUACCUGAACGAAGGAAAAGUGCUAGGCUUCCCAUGCCACAGAGCAAGCAGAUAUGCCGAAAAAAUGAUAAAAAGGAGGAAGAUGCUGCUGCUGCAUAAGAAAUUCUUCCUCCGCAAGGUAAACUAAGAAUAAAGUCAGAGAGGUAUCCUGUAUUCCUGUUAAUCACCAAAAAGCAUUACCAAGGAUAAUGUGGCAUGUUAAGCGGGGAGAUGAACAACUUUCCUUGACAGCAGUAACAUGCUUCUUGGAUAAUAGACAUGAUCCCUAUGCAAAUUCAUGUAUAUAUGUUGGUCAGUAAUGGUCACAACGUAGAGACAUGUAGCAUUGUAUAAUAGUAUGUGAUAGGAGAAACUCGGAAAAUAGAAGAUAAAGAAAUCUAAACAACGUCAAAGACUAGAAUCAUAAAGACAGGUAGGGAAUCUACCUUUGGCGUUUUAGAUGAAAUCUUCAGG